UAGUCAUAUUACUGGAAACACUCCUAUAGGGUGGUAAAUUCCAAUUUGGAAGGCAAUAAACCUUUUUUAAAAAUCAAGCCAUCAUAAUUAGACGUACCACGAUAUAGUGAAACAAAAUGGAAGUAACUAACUCAGCUCCCCGUGGUAUGGUGGUGACCCCACACCAUCUGGCCACACAAAGCGCAGUGAAAAUAUUGAGAAGUGGUGGUACUGCUAUGGAAGCUGCCGUCGCUGCUGCGGCCACUAUCGCCGUCGUCUACCCCCACAUGAACAGCAUCGGUGGUGAUGGCUUCUGGUUGAUAGUCCCCCCACACGGUGAACCAAUCGCAAUCGAAGCAUGUGGAGCUGCUGGCAGCUUAGCAGACUUUGAUUUUUUUGAUGGAUUAAACGAAAUACCUAGGUCUGGACCCAAAUCAGCCAUAACAGUGGCAGGAACGGUCGGUGGUUGGGAGGAAGCUUUGAAAUACGUCUCCGAAUGCGGCUAUCAAAGAAUAUCUGUCUCAAAACUUCUAGAAGAUGCUAUUUAUUACGCCGAACAUGGCUUUCCCGUAUCGACAUCUCAUGAAACCAACCUAAAAGAUUUAAUCUCUAAGACAACUCCGACGAAACGAUUUCAAUACACUUAUUUGCCUAAUGGAAAAGUACCAAAAGUAGGCGAAAGGUUCUGUCAAAAAACUUUAGCGGCAACAUUGAAAGAACUUUCAUUGAACGGCCUAAAUAGUUUCUAUAAAGGUAAAUUGGCAAAAUUAAUUGCGCAAGAUAUGUCGGACAUGGGUAUGCCAAUAACGGAAUCCGAUUUGGCGAAUUACGCUCCCGUUAGGCGUUCCCCUCUGUGUUUACAACACGAACACGGUGAAAUUUUCAACCUUCCUCCACCGACACAAGGUUUAGUUUCGCUUUCGAUCCUCGCGAUCUUGGAUAGACUGCGCGUCGACGGUCGAAAUGAAGCACAAUUUAUUCACAACGUGGUCGAAGCUACAAAACAGGCAUUCGUAGUACGAGAUCGCUACAUAACGGACCCGUCUUGUAUGAAAGUGGACCCUCAAUCUCUGCUAGCUGGCCAUGCAAUUACUGAAAUGGCUCACAGAAUAAAACCAGAUCGUGCGUCGAACGAAGGUAAAGGCAAGGGCCCAGGUGAUACAAUUUGGCUAGGUGUAAUGGACGAUAGAGGCUUCUCUGUUUCGUUUAUUCAAAGCAUUUACUAUAACUUUGGAAGUGGUGUCGUUCUUCCCAGGACGGGUAUUUUAUGGCAUAACCGAGGGGUUGCUUUUAGUUUGGAGAAAAAUCACAUUUUAUCACUGAAUCCUAGGAAGAAACCAUUCCAUACGUUAAAUCCUGCUGCAGCUCGACUAAACGAUGGUAGAAUCAUGGUAUACGGUACUAGAGGAGGAGAUGGUCAGUCGCAAACUCAAGCUGCGAUCUUCCACAGAUACGUGGUACAAGGCUUUGGGUUGCAAAAGUCUAUCUCAGCACCAAGAUGGAUUUACGGAUCUACCAAUGGUGAUCGUAAUGAUAUUUUACAUUUAGAAGACAGAUUUAACACAGAAGUUGUAGACGAAUUGAAGAAAAGAGGUCAUGAAAUUUGUUUGCUUCCACCGUACAGUGAGACGGUGGGUCAAGCUGGUGCAUUAGUCCGGCACCUAAAUGGUAUGCUGGAAGGUGCUUUUGAUCCACGCAGCGAUGGUAGUGCUGCAGGAUUUUAGAUCUUUUAACCUUAAUAUUUUUAAAUAUUUGAGUUCGAAUUUGGCUAGCAUUGUUAUGCUAGAGUCAACUAGAAGCGAUCGCGAUAAUGUCAUAGUGUAAGAAAAAUGUAAGUCAUAUUUGUAAAUUGAAAUAAUUGAGAAUGAUAAGGUGCUACAUUUAGAAGUAAGAUUGAAAUCUAUUUUAUAUAUUUUGUAAUAUGUAUUUUUGUACGUCAAAUUAAUAUAUAAAAUAUAUCAAAUCUAUAUCUUUCGAAGAUGAUGAUUAUAUCAUCAUAGCUCUACGGCUCUAAGAGCAACGAACCUUUCUAUGUCAUUUAAGAUUAGCUUGGUUUAAUCAUUCCUAGGGAAAUAUUGGUAGUACAUAUACCAACAGGUAUUCGUAAUAUUUCGUUUAACGAUCAAGUCAUCCAACUUGCAUACAAGUGGACGCAAAAUCGCCGGCAACCGACCGCGCAAUCUCCGGAAUGGCCGAUAAAAUGAAUCUCAAUGUAUAGUCAGUAACGGACGCUAAACGAUGAGAUUUACCAUUACCUUGUAUUUGAAUUUUGUUUACAAGUCUGUGAAUUUCAAGUAAACUUUUCUAAAUUA